UUUUGCUGGUCUGACCAGACCCAGAAUAUGAAACAGAAAUGGGAUCUGUGCUAUGGUUUCUUUUGAUUCUGCCGGUGUAUAUAAGGCAGUGGUGAGACAGAUUCCGUGACAGUUAGAAAGUGAACUGGCUGCCAAGAUGGAGCGGGAAGAACAAGUAACCUUUACCUUCUACAAUCCCGAGGUUCCCAAGGUCAAGGGGAACAGGAACUAUCGAAGGCCUACCCUCCCCACCAACAAACAUCCGAGUGCCUCAAUGCCACCCGAGAGGCGACAACAGCAUGUGGAUCAGACACACGCCUACAUCCGAAUGUUCUGUAGCGGCCUCUGUGGUUUUAGCCUCCUAAUGCUGAUCUUCGUGUCCCCACUGAACUGGGUGCAGCUCCUGGUGAUCAAGAAUGGCCUUGAACUCUAUGCAGGACUCUGGAUCUCAUGCGACCAUGAGCUGUGCUGGAGCCACACCCCCAAGCCACCCUAUUACCUCCAAUAUUCCAGGGCCUUCUUCCUCAUCUCUGUCUUUACCAUACUUGUUGUCCUUGUCUGGCUCCUGCGCUCUUGCCUCCCUAAAAGAGAAAGCAUGGCUGCUAACUUGGAUCUGAAGGUAUCCGUGCUCACCUUCAUCUCAGCUAUCUGCUUGCUCCUCUGCCUCAUCCUAUUUCUGGCACAGGUUCGUGAGCAUACUAGGGGUGCCAUGGAGUCAAAUUUACUAUGGACCUAUUAUCUUACCUGGGGGAGUGACUUAUUAUACACAUUUGCAGGGAUCCUCUUCUUCCUCAACUACAUAACUUCCAGAGCUCCUCCCCUUGAUCAAAAUGUCUCUGCAGUCCCCAUAGAGAAGUCAAGGCUGGGAAUUGGUCCAGUGACUACAGUAUCGCCUGCUGAAGAUGAGGAGUUAAGGUCUCCGAUAGAAUCUACAAGUGAAAGAGAGACAAAACUACCAAGUGCAGAACUGUGACGGCGAUAGGACAACCCAGCUACUGCUUGUCUUUAAAACAGGGGAGAAGCCAACUGAGUAGGGAGUAAUUGUGCAGAUUGGAGGAAACUCUCCAAACAUCAUGUCCAUGUUACUGAAGGAGACAGCAUUAAAGCUGAUGAAAUGUCCUUUGCGUAUGUUGCAUCCAAAAUGUGUAUGACAGUCAUAAAGUAAUGAAAACUCACUUAAGAAAAGGUUUCUGAAAGAAAACAUCAGUGUUUAGGGUCGUAAAUGAAAGAAACUAGCAAAAGAUGUGGUACGUGGAUCAGAGCUCUCUGGGCAUCAGGGAUCUCAUGGACCAUUCUGGUCCAUGAAGAAAAAUGACACCAAAUUCUGUUUGAAAUUUUCUUUAUCAUGUGUGGCUUUGGGCAUACUCAGGAUAGAAGGCAUUUGGACAACAUUGUUGAAUAUGAAUUGGAGAAAUGGA